CACUAGUCUCGCAAUAGCGGUGGCGCGCGUAUCCCAUACCGGCUCGAGCCGGUAUAAAAAUCUGCAAAGAGAGAAGGGGGUGAUAAAAGGGGGGAAAACACGAGGACGGACCGGUUAGUUAGGUCAGACAGGUGAUGCUCGAACUGGAAACUGAGGUAUAGUUGGGUUGUGAUGAUAUUUUAAACAAACUGAAGGCUCUGUAACAGCUUUACUUUUGGCCAAGUUGCUCUGAGGGACAACAAAAGUAGCUCAUUAGCUCUAAAGAUGCUGUUCAGGUUACCGAGGUAACUUGGAGCUGUUCGCUUUUAUUUCCGACUGGAAACACGACCACCGAAUAUUUUACACGUUUUGUCGAAUCCGCAUUUUUUGGUUCUCAGACAGGACGUGACGACUCGACCAUGAUGGGACCGAUGCCCGUGCUGUGCGGUUGCAUGAAACCCAACAUCUACACGCGGACCCCCGAUGGAGGCUGGGGCUGGGUCGUGGCCGUGGCCUUCUUCUUUGUGGAAGUUUUUACCUACGGCAUCAUCAAGACUUUCGGCAUCUUCCUACAGGACCUCACCAACGAUUUCGGAGAGACAAACACCCGGGUGUCCUGGAUCAUCUCCAUCUGCGUCUUCGUCAUGUCCUUCACAGCUCCUCUGUCCUCAGUGCUCAGUAAGCGGUUUGGAUUUCGGCCGGUUGUGAUGGUCGGGGGUGUCCUGAUCAGUUUGGGUACCGUCACCACCGCCUUCACCACAUCCAUCAAUCAGAUGUACGUCACCACAGGCCUCAUUACAGGCCUCGGUUACUGCCUCUCUUUCCUGCCCACCGUCACCAUCCUCUCACAGUACUUCGACAAGCGCAGGUCGCUUGUCACUUCCUUCGCCUCUACCGGAGAGUGUUUCUCGCUUUUCGCCUUGGCUCCAGCCUUCAGUGCUCUGAAAGAUCGAGUCGGAUGGCGUAACUGCAUGAUCGUCAUAGGGCUCCUACAGGCUUCUGUGAUUGGCUGUGGAGCCCUGCUCAGACCAAUCCUCAUACAGCCUGAAUGUUCUAUGCAGGAAAAGAAAUCAGAAGGUCCUCAAUCUCCCCUAAAAACCAGUCAGGAAAGCAAAUACGAGCAGGAGAACGAGAUCACUCGCACGUCGUUGAACUCCGUCGACUCCGGCGUUCAGUCCAUCGCCUCAGAGGAACAAAACUCCUCCUCGUCCGACGUCACAGACCUGGACGAGGUGGAGAGUGAUCAGGCGCUACCUUCCACUCCUCUAAAACAGGACGAGGGUGAUGAGAGGAAAAGGAAGCUCUCGCGCUUUUCAGAUUUUUCGUUGCUAAAAGACACCAGCUUUAUUUUCUACUCCCUCUUCGGACUCUUUGCCACGUUGGGCUUUUUCGCACCGCAGCUUUACGUGAUUGAGCUGAGCGUGUCUUACGGGGUGCAGCGCAACAAGGCCACCUACAUGCUGUCCUUCAUGGCGGCGGCCGAAAUCUUCGGCCGGUUGUCCAUCGGCUGGCUGAUGAACCGAAGACCCAUUCGAAAAGUUUACAUCCUGCUGAUCUGCACGACUCUGCUGGGCCUGGUGCUCGCUUUAUUCCCUGCUGUCUCCUCACAAUUCUGGGCACUCGCUUCCUGCUGCGCCACCUGUGGCUUCCUGUUCGGAACGGUUGGCUCCACCCACAUCCCCAUGCUGGCCGAGGACGACGUGUUGGGCGUGGACAGGAUGACGAUGGGUGCUGGAGUUUAUGUUUUCAUCCAGAGCUUCGCUGGUCUCGCCGGUCCACCGCUCGCAGGCGUGUUGGUGGACAUGACACAGGACUACGGCUCGGCGUUUUACUCCAGCGCGGCCGGGGUGUGCGUCGGCGCGUUGUUCCUUUCGCUGGUGCGACCGGCUAAAACCGGUUGGAACUGCUGCAGGAAGGACAGGAAGCGCGCAGAACAGGAAGUCAUGCCGGAUGACUUUCUGGAAGUUGACAUGCCUCUGGAGAGCAAUGAGGCACCAAAGAACACGGAACAAGUCUGAGCUGCUAACACACACUAACACAGAACUUGAACAAUCCAUCCAAAGACUGACAUUACGGAUGUCGAUCCUUUUUUUUUUUUUUUUUUUUUUUUUUGUGGAUUUGUAUUUUUUAUUAAGUUAAGUAUUAAGUUUUUUUUUUUUUUCUUUCCCCAAGACAAAAUGAAACCUCAAGCUGGUGAUGCUGCUCUUCUCAUGAACAGAGUCUUGAUUUUCUACAUUGUUGUGUAGGUAACAGAGGGUACAGGACAUCACCAACGUCGUUUUAGGCAAUAACAAGUCGCCGACUGUCUCUUUUUUUUUUUUUUUUAAUCUAUUUCCAUGUUCAGUAAUUUAUUCACCGGUUACUUACUCGGUUCAGUAAUUUAUGUGGCAGUAUUUAAAAAAAAAAAAAAAAAAAAAAAAGGUGAAUCCCAGAACAGAACAAUGUUUGUAUGCGUUUCUUUUCGAAAGCUCUAAAAAGCUGCCCGUCUCUGCGCCGUAUGGUUCGUUUCUAGUUUACACCACGGUUUUGUUUUUACAUCCCCGCUCGUUAGACGGCAGGUCCGAAAUGGCUGAAUAAUUCGCCUUAUGAGAAGUAUUAAAAAAAAAUAAUUUCAUAAUUUUUUUUAUUUUUUAUUUUUUUUAUAUCAGAUCCUGCUGCAUGACUUCUGUUUCAUUCUUGACUGAAUAAUUUAAGCAGGUCGGUCGGUUAGCGUUUACGUUGCUACGUAUACAGACGCACAUCGCUUUAGGCAUCAUAGAUGAUCUGCCACUGAACUGCCAACUCUUAAUCCCAAGAUCAGAGACAAAUAAAAAAAAAAACGAUAUCAUGAGACUAGAUUACACUUUCCGCUCGAGGCAUCAUACAGUUGGUUGGUUUGUUUGUUUGUUUGCCAAAUGUUUUUUUUUUUUUUUUUUUUUUUU